AUGCAAAUAUUUGUAAAAACAUUAACAGGAAAAACUAUAACUCUUGAUGUUGAACCAUCGGAUACUAUUGAGAAUGUUAAGGCAAAAAUUCAAGAUAAGGAAGGAAUUCCACCUGAUCAACAGAGAUUAAUAUUUGCGGGAAAACAAUUAGAAGAUGGAAGAACAUUGUCGGAUUACAACAUUCAAAAAGAGUCCACUUUACACUUAGUCUUAAGAUUAAGAGGAGGUAUGCAAAUCUUUGUAAAAACAUUAACAGGAAAAACAAUAACACUUGAUGUUGAGCCAUCAGAUACCAUUGAGAAUGUUAAGGCAAAAAUUCAAGACAAGGAAGGAAUUCCACCUGAUCAACAAAGAUUAAUAUUUGCAGGAAAACAAUUAGAAGAUGGUAGAACAUUAUCAGACUACAACAUUCAAAAAGAGUCCACUUUACACUUAGUCUUAAGAUUAAGAGGAGGUAUGCAAAUCUUUGUAAAAACAUUAACAGGAAAAACAAUAACUCUUGAUGUUGAGCCAUCAGAUACCAUUGAGAAUGUUAAGGCUAAAAUACAAGACAAGGAAGGAAUUCCACCUGAUCAACAGAGAUUAAUAUUUGCAGGAAAACAAUUAGAAGAUGGUAGAACAUUAUCAGACUACAACAUUCAAAAAGAGUCCACUUUACACUUAGUCUUAAGAUUAAGAGGAGGUAUGCAAAUCUUUGUAAAAACAUUAACAGGAAAAACAAUAACUCUUGAUGUUGAGCCAUCAGAUACCAUUGAGAAUGUUAAGGCUAAAAUACAAGACAAGGAAGGAAUUCCACCUGAUCAACAGAGAUUAAUAUUUGCAGGAAAACAAUUAGAAGAUGGUAGAACAUUAUCAGACUACAACAUUCAAAAAGAGUCCACUUUACACUUAGUCUUAAGAUUAAGAGGAGGUAUGCAAAUCUUUGUAAAAACAUUAACAGGAAAAACAAUAACUCUUGAUGUUGAGCCAUCAGAUACCAUUGAGAAUGUUAAGGCUAAAAUACAAGACAAGGAAGGAAUUCCACCUGAUCAACAGAGAUUAAUAUUUGCGGGAAAACAAUUAGAAGAUGGAAGAACAUUGUCGGAUUACAACAUUCAAAAAGAGUCAACCCUACACUUAGUUUUAAGAUUAAGAGGUGGUUUUUAA